AUGUCGGACCAAGCCGAUGCUCCGGUCUUUGGCGCUUUCAGUUCGCUGCUGGGUUACGUUGGUGGACAAGCUGCUACCAGCGCAAUCUUCGAGAGGUUCCUUUGGCCUCAGCGGCAUUUCUCGUCGUUCUCCAUUUACGACAUGCCACGACUUGCAUGUUUGUACUCUAUGGCAGGCCCUACUGGAUCAAUUGCCCUUGAUGUUAUCGACACCGCGUAUAAGAAUGGGCUCUUUAACGGAGCUGUACAGGGCCACAUGCUUGGAACACAUUUUUACCGCGACCUCGAAUGGACGUAUAUCCUACACGCCCGCGGAGGCGAAUCUGAAAGGGAUCGCAAAUUCGAAACUGCCUUUGGGUCCAGGCAGCCUCCAAUUCGACAGCCCAAUGACACCGAGAGUGGCAAAGUCCCCCUGGAGGAAAAGACGAAACCAGUGCGCGCAAGAGUCGCUGUGAGCCACAUAGUGCUUUCCAAAGCCACAGAAGAAGACCUGCGCAGCCCCAAAGUCCCUUUCGUUUCGGAAGAGAUCAAGCAUGUUGACUUGCUGUGCUUGGUGGAGAUUAUCCUCACUGAAUGUGUCGGCAUCGGCAUCAUGAUUUGCGUAGCCGCAAUCACUGGCUCGCUAUGGAGUAUCAUCUUCAUUAUACCGCUUGUCCUUCGAUUUAUCAGCACCUUGUUCGCCCUUGAACGCGAGGGUUUGACCCCAUUCCCAGACACAGUCGACGAGGAACAGACGCGGGACUGGGAGGUCAAUUGCCCAUCAAUCGAAGGAAAAUUCAUGUUAAUCACCGGUCCGCCCUCCAUCGUCAACCAGUUCUUCCAACAUUACGGACAUCCAGUGCAAAAUCGAUUCCGUGAGGUCAUUCAGCUGGCAGUCGUUAUUGCUUUUGGGACUUACUUCCCAGUGGGUCUUCUUUGUCAAGUUACUUGGAUGCCCGUUUUUGUACAGUAUAUCUGGACAGUCUGGCAAGUCUGGCAAGUCUUGGCCAUGCAUUUCGAUCGAUAUACUCAACGAGGGACCAGUCGUACGACCACAGAUGCCGCCAUUGCAGCAAAACUUUUCAAGAACUUUCAAACUAGUGACUCUGACCGAGUUUUCGGAAGUACUAUCUUGUUUGGGCAGGGAAGAAAUGGGCCUGCCGUUGUGAAGGCUAUUCUAUCCCUGACCGUGGCAGAUAGCUAUGCAGACGGAAAGAAAGUAUUGAAGAGCGCGGUUCGGAAAUAGUAGAAGGAAAGGGCAAUUCUUGCUGUGUCCAGUCACCAACUCAAAGAUGUCGUAUGCGAGCUUUAAAUAUUUUCUUGACAGGUAAUCAAGUAGACGGGGUCGGCCGUUGAAAAGAAGAUAGUUGCGCUUUUGCAUCAAGGGAAGCUAGUCUACAGGCUAGCAAUCAGAAUCUUCACAAUUUUCUCGUGGUGUCGUAUAAUUGUCAUAUACCUAUUCCUCC